CUCAAGUGGCCCGUGUACAUCCCCAGAUAUAAAAGCCCGUCAGCUCUCUUUCACCCUCCUGUGCUUUCAUUCCCUUAUUGUCAUUCAUUUACCCAUGAUACCCUGCCCUACUGGGACAAAAGAAAAAAAAAAAAAACAAAGCGACAAUGAAGUGGAAGAGUCUAGCCCUCGGCGUCCUGGCCGCGGCCCAGUCCGCGGCGAGUCUUCGCUUUGUGAUGUAUAUCGAUCAAUACCACACCCAAGGGCUCCCCGACAGCAGCGGCACUGCCGGAAUCACCCACGCGGUGAUGGCCUUCGCGGCAUCGACUCUCUUUAACGGCGAGUCGGGCCAGUCAUGGCAGCCCUUUGAACCGGUGGACACUAUGCGCAAGCGGUUCAGCCCGGAUACGAAGCUGCUUGUUGCCAUUGGAGGAUGGGGCGACACGAAGGGGUUCUCAGAGGGUGCGAAGACUGAGCAGUCCCGAGCGACGUAUGCGAAGAAUGUCAAGAAGAUGGUUGACCAGUUUGGGUUGGAUGGUGUUGACAUCGACUGGGAGUACCCCGCUGGCAACGGCGAAGAUUACAAAGACACCCCCAACGACCAAAAAAAGGACGAGAUCGAAACAUACCCGCUGCUCCUGGCUGCCAUCCGCAAGGAAUUAGGCAAGGACAAGCUCAUCUCGAUCGCGACCCCGGGUAAACGGGGCGACAUGAUCGCCUUCACGAAGGAACAGGGCCCCAAGAUCUGGGAGUCCGUCGACAUGGUCAACAUCAUGACGUACGAUCUCAUGAACCGCCGUAACAACGUGACCUCGCACCACACCAGCGUCCAGGGGUCCUUGGAUAGCGUCAAGGCGUACGAGGAAAUCGGUCUUGACACACAGAAGAUCAACCUCGGUGUCGCGUACUACGCCAAGUGGUUCGAGACGAAGAAAGAUGCCGGCUGUGAUACGCAGCCGCUGGGAUGCGAGGUUGCCGAGUUGGAAGACGCCAAGGGUAAGGACACUGGCAAGUCGGGUGCGUUGACCUUUGAGAAGGGCACCAUGGGCGAGCCGGCCAAGGACUUGAAGGACAGCACCGAUGGCAGCUGUGGGUUUGGAAAGGGCAAGUGCCCAUCGGGAACGUGUUGCAGCCAGUACGGCACCUGCGGAACCACAGACGCCCACUGCCAGGCCGGCUGCCAGUCCGACUACGGCACCUGCAAGGGCAUCUCGCUGAUCGACUCGUGGCGUCGUGCGGAGAAGGAUGGCGUGACUGACGAGGAGGCCGGAGGCCAGUACUACUUCGACAAGGAGGUGAAUCUGUUCUGGUCGUGGGACACGGCGCCGCUCAUUGCGCGCAAGUUCAAGGAAAUCGUGGAUGCCGAGAAGUUGGGCGGUGUCAUGGCCUGGAGCUUGGGAGAGGACACCUUGGAGUGGGAGCAUCUGCAUGCCAUGCAGCAGGGCGUGCAGGAGCGGAGUUGAGAUGGUCAUUCAGCUGUAGCUGACC